UACCUGAAAAGCAACCCCGGAGUGGAUUGCUUAUGGUCAACAGUUCCCCGCCUAGCAGUAACUCUAAUAUGGUUUCCCCAUGCUUAGCUCUGUCCAAGAAUGAUUCUUAUGCCAUCUCGGCAUCUGGAGGAAUGGUUUCUUUGUUCAAUGUGAUUGCGUUUAAGAAAAUGAAGAGUUUCAUGCCUCCUGCACCUGCAGCAACAUGUAUUGCGUUCUACCCGUCUGAUAACAACAUAAUUGUUGUUGGAUUGGAAGAUUCGACUAUCAUCAUCUACAAUGUCCGCUUGGACGAGGUCGUAAGCAAGUUAGAGGGACACUUGAAAGGAAUUAGUUGCCUCGCGUUCUCUAAUGCACUGAAUGUGCUCAUCUCGUCUGGCAUUGAUGCUCAGAUCGUUGUCUGGGAUUGCAAUAAGUGGGAGAAACAGAGAAGUACAGUGCUGCAGAUUUCUCCAGAUUAGUCACCAACAGAAUUAUUAGAGACCAUCAUCCAAUUCCAUCAGGAUCAGAAACGCUUUCUGGCUGUACACAUGACGCAACUUUCAAUUUACGAAGCUUGUACACUGCACUGUGUGAAGCAGUGGACGAUGAGGAACUUCUGCACCCGGAUAUGCCACACGACAUUCUCCUGCAACAAUCAGUUUGUGUAUGCUGUGAUGAGAGAUGGAAUUGUAUUGAUACUCGAUGCUUCUCACCUCUGUCCCAGAUUUGAGAUUGAUCCCUCCACUUACAUCCCAUCUGAUAUCAGAUCGAAUGGGGUCCCCUUGGUGAUUGCUGCACAUCCUGAAAAGCCGAACCAGUUCGCUCUGGGUUGGUUGAGCCUCAAAAGUCUGAAGAUGAAUGGGUGGUGGAUGACAACCAAACCGAAAUAACAGCAAAAUUGUAGUAAUAUGAUUAUAGGAAGAAGACUGAGAAAUGAAGUUUUGGUAUUUGUUUAGAACCUCA